CGCACGUUGCCACGAGGCGCGCGGAUAAGACACUCGUACUCUUCCCGCGUCAUUUCGCGCGGACAACUGGAGGUUUUGCGUGUGGCUGUGCAUGUGUGUGUUGCAGAUGCGGUCUCGUUGCUGAUCCGAUCAAGGUGAACGUUGCCGAGAAGCAGAGGCGAGACGCACCACGAGGAGGCGACUGGAGGAAGAGACGAAAAGACGAGGAGGAGGUGGAGGAGGAGGAGGAGGAAGAGGAAAAACAGUGGAGAAAGCGUAAAAGGAAAAGCUCGCCUGGCGAAGUACAGGAAGCCGACGAAGGCAUUCCUCUUCGAGAGAGACAAGACGAGCGGAAGCUCCAUCACGUGCGAUCAUGACGCAACAAAGUGGAGCUGGGUCACCCCAGCAGUUCUGCCUGCGCUGGAACAAUUAUCAGACUAAUCUGACCAACGUCUUCGAUCAGCUCUUACAGAGCGAAAGUUUCGUGGACGUAACCCUGGCCUGUGACGGGCACAGCGUCAAGGCCCACAAGAUGGUCCUGUCGGCCUGCAGCCCGUACUUUCAGGCGCUCUUCUUCGACAACCCCUGCCAGCAUCCGAUAGUCAUCAUGAAGGACAUCAAGUGGCCGGAGCUCAAGGCCGCGGUCGAGUUCAUGUACAAGGGCGAGAUCAAUGUCUCCCAGGAGCAGAUCGGACCGUUGCUCAAGGUCGCGGAGAGUCUCAAGAUCCGCGGCCUCGCGGACGUCAACAGCGAACAGGAGCUGACGUCCAGGCCGACUCUGGAGGAGGUUGCGACCGCGGCGAUGCAGCGGAAGAAACGUCGCCGGAUAUCCGGCGAUCGCUCGCCAUCCGCCAACAGUCCGGAGCGUGUCGGCUCCGGCAGCAUCGGCCCCGACGACGACGUCAUCGGUAGUAACAUCAUAGUGCCCGAGAUUCACAGCAUGGUGCCGUCGACGGCCAGCUCGACGCCGAGAUCCCUCGGCUCGCCCAGCACGCCCAGCAUCUCCGUCACGCCGCAGAUCAACCUGCAGGAACUUCCGGUCUCGUUACCUUUACCGCCACCCCCGCCGCCACCGCCGCAGGGACAGCAGAGCUCGCACCCCCUGCCGACCCACCACGUGCCCGGCCACGUGACUUCCGGUCCGCACGCGCCCGUCAACCACCUGGGCGCCCACGGCCAACAGCUCAGCGUGCAACAGCAGCAGCAGCAGCAACAGCAACAGCAGCAGCAACAACAGCAUCAUCAACAGGGCGCCGGCGGUCAACCCGGCGCCGGCGACGACCUCGAGAUCAAACCCGGCAUCGCGGAGAUGAUUCGGGAGGAGGAAAGGGUGAGUAACUUCGACUUUACACGAUGAUGGAGCCGCAAUCGACG